UUGUUAUUUAUUAAUAAUUUAUAUAAUUAUAAGAUGGAAGAAAAAGAACCCAAUGAAAAAGGCAAGAAAAAUUUAAAAAGACAUUUGAUUCAGGAAGAGCAAUCAUUAAGCUUGAGUGUUGAAGAAAAAGAGGAAGAACCUUCAGAUGCAGAAAUUGAGAAUGCAAUGUAUGCCAGUCCUUGGCAGUGGGUCCCUCUCUCAAUUCUGACUGCGAUAGUAUUUGCAUCAGGAAAUGCAAUAGUAAGCUCACUAUCAAAGUUCACAUACCGAAUCAGAAUAAUUCAAGCGCCUGGAAGUGUUUUAGGGUGCAGUUUUCUUCUCAUGAUGGUCUCAAUAUUUGAUCAUCGUAGAGGAAGACCCAACUGGUUUAAAAGGCUGUAUUUCGAGCAUCCUCAUCAUGGUUUCAAGAACCAAAGAUUUAGAUAUCCAAGAGUGGCUCUAACAAUUGGUUGUGUGAUUGUUUUUCCCAUUCAGUUUUAUACAUUUACAAUGAGUUAUUUCUAUGCGAACAAAGCUGGAAUAAACAAUGGAGUUAUCAUGGUAAUCUGUACCCUCAAGCCGAUAAUCAAUGCUAUUGCUUUUAGACUCUUAUACCAUCAAAAACUCAGAUAUUUUGAAAUUCUUGGUAUUUUAUUAUCAACUGUUUCUAUCGUUAUCAUUGGAUUUUCAGAAAAAUCAGACAGCGAAGGUCAUAAGGGACUCUAUAUGCUUCUCUCUAUGGUGUUUUUAUUCUUAGCUGUUUUCUUAGAAGCUUUAAUUGGCAUUGUUGUCAAGUAUUUCCUUGCUUUUAAAGAUAACAAAGCAAAUGUCUCUUCUUUUUACGCUUUUUUUAUUGGGAUACUUGACAGCAUCUGUGUCAUCAUCCUCAUUGUUCUAUUGAAUACAGGAUUUGAUAUUACUUGGAAAGAGAUCGGCCUUGCCCAAGCAUCGAGUAUUCUAUAUGCAUUUGCUCAAUUCACAAUGGCCUUUGCUAUCCUAAAAGGUAAAGCUGGAACUGCAAGUGCUUUGAUAGAAACUGUGGGAGUAUAUCAAACAAUCAUUGAAGCUGUAGUUUACUCAAGAUUCCCAAAUGUCUGGCAAAUUAUAGGAAUUGCAUUAGCAUUUUUAGCAUCUAUUAUGAUUGUUCUUGGAUAUCAUUUCUCAAGAAGAUAAUCGAGUGGUUAAAAACAUCAUUUGACAUUCUCAAUGC